AUGCGAUAUUGUGAAGGACUCAAUAAAUGCCGAAUAUCACAUCGAGUUAUUCUCUUCUGCAUAGCCCGAGCUGUCUGUCGGGCUUCUGAUCCUCGGGGCCGGAUAUCCCCAACCCAUGGAACUUUACAGAAACUUGACAAAAACCGUUGUUCCUUCGGGUGUCUGCAGCAUUCCAUUUUAACUUUUCACAAUUAA